CGCUGUUUGAGAAGCUCGCGAAUGCAUGUCUGUCUCGCCCUGAUGCGGGCAGGCGCAGCUUGGUGCCUGUGCUCAACGCUGGCCGGCCGUGAAUGAUAAAACUGGCAUAAAACUCAAGCCUUUCGUCCGGCUCGUGACAGUCGGCUUUGAUUAUUUGGCCUCACCGGGAGGCGUUUCUUUGCAUCGGCGCUGUAGCGACAAAGCGAAGGUCACAGUAUCUACAUAUGCAUACGGAGCCGGUGAUGAAACAAUCUGUGCUAUUCGCUGCUCUGCUUCUCCUGGGAAUUAUUGCGGCUAGCAAGGCCAUCGAAUGCGAAGACCCGAUGCCAUUGAAGGGUAAAUGGGUGACCAACUCGGAGAACAAGAAGCAAUGCGUAAUCCUGGUCAAGGAGAAAUGCGACGGCAUGCGUGACAUUCCCACAGAAAAAUGGCGUCGUGGCAAGAAGGUGCGCGACAACUGCGACAUCCCUCGAUUGACAGCCAUCGGCUCCUUCAUUAAUAGCGAAAAGUUCAACGGACACGCGGCCAUCUUUGACUCCUGUGACACCGACGGAAUCUGGGUGAUUGAUCAGUGGGACGCUGCUCCUGUGGACCGCCGCAAGGUUCCCUACGGAGACGCUCGUCCUUACUUCAACGGCGACAACUACUAUAUGAUAGAGUUGUGAUGAACGAACUCACCUAAAUUUCCAUCGUAACCUGUGCGCAACACGUAACGCUCUCAUUUGCACAAAACAGGCGAAAUACGUUGAAAGUGUUCAAGAUAUGCAAUGUUCGGCCAGACAAUGCCUUGAUUGUGAUGUCCCCUCGUUAUAAAUUGUUGAUGAAAAUAAAGGCGAGCAA